AUGUUUCCUUCUACUGUCUUUUGUGACAAACUCCUUGUUCAAUAGUAAGACCAGCAGGUAAAUGUGUGUGUGAACAAGGCAGAGAUGGUAAUAGAUUAUGAUAUAAUGAUUUCUUUGUGUUUCAAAUAAAUGCACUAAAUACUAAAGACCGGAAAUGAGAACACUCUAAUCCAGUGUGCAGUGUUGUGAUGCUGUCAUUGGUCUGCUGCCUCCAAGCUCUCCAUGGCUCUCGCCUCGUGCCCCUCCCUGGUGCACAUGCAUGCACACACACACACACAGCAUCCUCUUACUCCCUGCGAUGCAUCGGCCCCUUUCACUGUUAAUCCAGCCGGGUUGUGCCUCUGUGCCUUUCUGUACUUUUGCAAUCUGAUGAAUUCCCAACGGAUGGCAGAACGCAUCACAUUUUAAAGCAGCAACUUUGGACUCGUUGGACUCACAGUCAGUGGGAGCUUCGCAUCAGAGCCUCUGAUUCAGUGGAGGGACUCAGCUACACGGGACGAUGAAGUCCCCACCAGGCACGGCGACUAUGCUGCUGCCCAUCGCUCUCUGCCUCAGCCUCGUCCCAGUGGGUUUCGGAGCUGCAAUUCCUGUUUCAUGUGAUUCCAUCUACAAGAGUUUUGCUCAGUGUUUACUCACACUUGGAGACAGUCUGGUGGAAAAUCAAAAAGACCAGAACACACAGGACAUUGAUGCAAUCUGCAGGUCCUGGAAUGCGUUCCAUGUUUGUGCAAACUCAGCGCUGGCUGGCUGUCCUGGAGAAGCCGCCGCCGUCUGGGAGUCUCUAAGACAAGAGUCCAGGAAGACGCAGUUCUCUGGAAACCUCUACGACAUGUGUGCCAGCCGCACCACCCUCCCACCCAGCACUGUGCCUGCACCCCAGAGCCCCCCCACCUCCGACCAGACCAACCAGGAAACACUGAAAGGGCAGACAGACAAGCACAGCCCCACCUUCAGCUCACUGCUGUUCCCUGCAUGCAGCACCUUAAUACUUCUGAUCAGGAGUUAGUUAACCCAUGAAGUCUUUUAAUGAGACAGCUGGUCGUCAGCGUCCUGCUCCCCCUACUAUCAUGUAAACACCCUUCACAAGUCAGACUCAUAAUAUCGAUCCAAAAAUCAAAAUUAAAUAUUUGGUUCAGUGUUUUUUACCUGGACAAGGUGGAGCCUCUAUUUAGGCAUUAAUUAAAGAACAAUAUGUUGAGA